CAUCAACUUAUUACCAAAAGGGGCUAGUUGAGAAUAUUGACAUAAGUCAAUGGUAAAAUGCGUAAACGUAAAUCUCCACUCAAAAUCCCGAGAUCCCCCCCUCGUACCACUAGCUCAAUCUACCUAUCUAGUCUCUGCUCAGGCAUGCUGUACUUCACUUAUGGACUCCGCUCCCUCUUUUCUCAAUUUAGGAAUACCCACACGGGAGGACGGAAAUGAUCCGGCCAGUGGGCCGAGGAAACGGCGCAGGCUCCCUAGCUCGACCCAAUACUCCUCCUCCACCAUCGGCGGCAAUCCCGAGGGUUCGGACGCAGACGGGCAUGGUGGAGAAGCCGCUUUCCGAGCUGACGACCCCCUCAGCGUCGAAGAUCCUUUUAGUGUUGGGGAUCCCCUCGCCGGUACAGAACUAUUCGCCAUUCCCGAAGUCGUAUGGGGCGGUCACAGUGACAACUAUACACAUGUGCUAAAUCACUGGCCCACGUUGUCAGAUUCCGUAUUUCCAACAUUCCAAGGUGGACCAACCGACGAUAUCUAUAAUUUCGGGCGACCGAAUCAGUCUCCUCGCACAGUCGGAGAGUUUACGGUCAGCCUUCCUGACCGGGCGAGUCGCAUUGUCCCUCUGAACCUAGGUAACCUCUACGCCGACAAUGUGAGCAAUCGACUUGAAUCCAUCAAUUCGAUAGCAACCUUUUCUCCGCGAAACGGCGAGGUGAACGGCUACGUGAAGUGUAGGAUUCUCCCGUCAGACGUUCAAGAAGAACGGGUCUCAAGUCGCCCACUCCGAUAUGAGCGCACCGAGAAAGAGGUACUCCAAAAUACUUCUGAGGAGCAAGCUAGCAAACCUGAAUCGCACAGGGCAGUGGAGCGAGCAUUGCGCAUUGGCAAGGAAGGCUCAGUCCUUCGAAUACCCCCAAAUUUCGGGUUAGGAUGCAAGCUGACGAUUGUCGAACGCAAGAUAUUCAAGUUCUACAUUGAUGCUUGGUGCAGCGGUAGGACUAUUCUUCCAAAGACGAACUCGUGGAAGGUAGAUCUCGGAUGUAUGCUGCCAAGUAGCGAGCCACUGAAGAAUGCCCUGCUGGCCAUCGCUUGCACGUACAUUCUUGACUACGUUACUGAUGAUCGGAUGCGGACGCGAGCCAACAAAUACUAUCACGAUGCCGUGGUUAGUUUGAAUAAACAACUUCAACAACCCCAACAGUGGGAAAUAGGCAAAGGAGAUGAUCUGAUCGGCACAUUUGCUCUUCUGAAUAUGCACGAUGUGGUGGCUUGGGAGUUCCGGCGACCGCCGGGACAGCUGCCUCGCUGGUUAGAAGGGGCUAGGGCUGCCUGUAAAAUCCUGGACACAACGGAUCCCGGAUAUAGGUAUUACAAGCCGUACAAUGUCCAGGCGACGAGGGCAAGAAUCGGCAACACGAUCAAUAUCGCUCGGCAUGCUAUCGCAGGACUGACAUUCACGCCCUUGGACAUCGAGAACACCCAAGGGAAAUUUGGUUGGCUCCUGUACGGAACCGAGCAUGAAGUCCACGAGAUUCAUGGCGCUUGUGGCUACUGCCCCAAGCUCCUACACAUGUGGUCCCAGAUCACGCACUUGUCGGCCAAGUUCGCACUGAAUGGCGAUAACGACGUCAUCCCGCUCCUCGCAGAGAAGUUCUUCGAUAAACUGGGCUGCCUCGUCCAGAACUCCGAAUUAUCGAGGGGCUUCGGCCGCACCGAUGACCUGCUUCAGGCGUGCGUGCUGAACGAAAGCGGCGUCGUAGAAGAACCAUGGCAGAUGGUAGCGCUGGGGGCGGAGUGCUGGAAGAUAGCUGCACAAAUAUACCUACUCUGCCGACUUCUGAGGUACCCCCGAUCUUCCCCAAGGGUAUUAGCCAAGCUGGAUCAGCUCGCGGAAUGUGUCAGACGGAUUCCCUGCAGCGGGAGCCUGUUCACCUCGAUGACGCCGUUCUUCCCCUGUUUUUUGCUAGGCAUUCUCUCGGUUCAGAGUCGACAUAGAGCAGUCGCUCAGAAUUGGUGCGAGAUAGUCAUGAGCUCGAACCAAUGCAGAUCGAGUGUGCCGCCUUCAUAUGAGAUUAUGAAAAGGCUUUGGCUUUGGAUGGAUAGUCACCUACGAGAUCCAGUGGGGCCUGUUUCGGAGGAUAUCGAGGGCAGGGACGCGUGGUGGGAAAAACUUGUUGCUAGAGCAAUGGCCACGGAAGGAGUGUUGUGUAUUCAUUGAACUGGGUUCAUAUACUCGUCUCAAAUUUUGAUCUAUGGUCUGGGGAAAUAGUACCAUUCUCUAAGGUCCUCCGAUGAGGCCACAUUCAACUCUAGCUAUGUGGUCAAAUCUUGGAAAUAUGUUGGCAAUUUUAAGACAUACCUAGGUAUUUAUACACGAAAUUGUUACGGCCAGCAUCGACCUCUCACAUGACUAAGCUGCCCCUGAAUAAGAAAAAGAUCUACACAGCGCAAUGUGUAUAUAAAGAGAUGCUGUCUCUCUGUAUUUAGUCUUCUCUCCUCCUUCUUUCUUUAGUCUUGAUAUUCUCGUC